GUGUCAGAUCUAAAUAUGGAGGGUUAUUGUGAGAGACCACAAUCCAGAGAUGGAUUUGAUUGGUCAGCUGUGCUCCGAAGACCAAUCCUGGUCCAAUCCGGAUCGUCUGGAGAGGGUACUUAUGGAGCGGGGCAGAGAAGCACCUGGACUGUGCAGGACGAGGAAGACUUUAUUCACGACCCGUCUGUUCUUCUGACGUCGGACAUCAUGCCCACCGACGCCCAGAGCGACGCCCGCUCCUUCCUGACGGAGGAAAUGAUCACAGAGUUCAAGGCCGCCUUCGACAUGUUUGACACAGAUGGUGGCGGUGACAUCAGCACCAAGGAGCUGGGCACCGUCAUGAGGAUGCUGGGCCAGAACCCGUCCAGAGAGGAGCUGGAUGCCAUCAUUGAGGAGGUGGAUGAAGAUGGCAGCGGCACCAUCGACUUCGAGGAGUUCCUGGUCAUGAUGGUGCAACAGCUGAAGGAGGACCAAGCUGGAAAGAGCGAAGAAGAACUUUCUGAAUGUUUCCGCAUUUUUGAUAAGAACUCGGACGGUUUCGUGGACCGGGAGGAGUUCGGAGACAUCCUUCACAUGACGGGGGAAGCCGUCACAGAGGAGGAUAUCGAUGAGAUGUUUGGUGAAGCAGACUCAAACAAAGAUGGAAAACUUGAUUUUGAUGAGUUCCUGAAGAUGAUGGAGAACGUCCAGUGAGGACUUCAGAUCUACAUUGUUUGGGGGAUUCCACCCACAAGAGGAGCAUGAACCUAUAGAAUGCCAUAGAAAAACAGUCACAACUGAUAAAGUUACGGAUUUAAGUCGGAUGCUUCUCCCUCUCAUGAAAUUUGGGAGUGAGACCUCUCGUCUAUAAAUACCCAUUCAAACCUUUUAAGACGAAGGCGCAGCUACCCCCCACCCCCCAGCUGCCCCCCUGGCAGCUGCUCCUCCUCAGAAAUGCAACACCGCAGAGCUUCAACCGUCGCCUCCCCAUGAAAACUGCCUGCUGUCUCUGAGCUGUUGAUCCUGAAUAAAAUGGUUUCUUCCGUUUCUC